CCAUGGUGCCGGUGCGAGCUGCCGCAGCCUCAGCAGACGCGCCAGCCGGGAUCUCCCAUGGCCGCCUCAGGCCCCCGCAACUCCUCACCCUCUCCCCUCCAUUGCCCACAGCCCGCCCCCUCUCUCAGCCCCGCCGGUGCAAGAUGGCUGCAGAGGAGGCAGGGAGAAGGAAAUUAGGGGGAGCGAAGAUGUCCGCGUCCUUCGGCUUCCUCCGAGCCUUCAGCACCUCCCUCUGUGGCCAGCUCCCGGUGCCCGGAGCGGGCGGUGCCGAGGGAGGGCGGCGGGAGGAGGCACCGCCCGCCAAACUUCCCGCACAGCAACAGGGCAGCCCCGGCACGGAGAGGCAUUCCCGGAGCAUCCCGGAGCCUGCCGAGCCGGGAGAGACCCUCCCUCCCUCCAUCCCCCUUCCUAUCCGCUCUUCUUCCUUCUCAAACGGGCUGAGAAGGGCAGCAAGGCACAAACCCCCCCUGAAAGUGCAGGUCGGUGAUUGCGGGAAAUGGGUCCGUAGAGAAUUCUCAAAGCCGGAAAGAAAGUUCACACAGUGCGUGCAUCUCUAUGCAAACUUUGAGGCUACUCUGGCACCUUGGGCUGGCACAGAAACACAGGUCAGUCUGCCUGCAAAAAGAUCAAAAGUACUGCAGAAAGUCUCUUCAAAAUGAUCAAGACUACUGCAAAAAGCCAAAGCAGGUGAGGGAAAAGUGAAGAAAACUCUGCAUUACUCCAACAACUCCUGGCCCAUGCCAACUGCUCAGUCACAGAAGAUGCCCAUGACACUAACCAGCCAUUUCCUCUCUCACUGCAGGCAGGAGGAACCUGACAUGCCUCCAGACCACAGGAUUCUGCUUGAUCACUCCUUUAUUCAUCAGACAGUUGUUUACAAUCCAGUACAGCAGGAUUUAGUCUUGAUCCAGAACCAGUCAGGGCUGGCAGGAUAGCACAGUGGGGACACAGAGCAGAACCUGAGC